GUGGGGGGAAGCCGAGCGCAGGAAAACAUGGAGGAGAGGCGGGAACACAGCCAUUAUGAGGUGUAAGGGUGGCAAAACUGGGGUACGAGGGAGGCAAAAUGGAGGGGCUGGCUGCAUUGCCGGCGCUAUUUUGCGGCGUAACAACAGGAGGUAAAACUGGGUAAGCGGGCAUUGGUAGGAUGUUGGAGGAAAAGUCCGGGACGGCAUGGCCAGUGCCAUCUCAGAAAGGGGAGAGAGAGGAUCGGGAGGUGUCAGGGAAUCGGAAGCAACCCUGUAUAUCACAAGGAUUUCCACCUGCCGGUCGCCUCCUCAGGCAGGGAAGGGGGUUCGGGAACGCGGGGAUGGGAAGGGGGAGAAAUAGUUUUUAACGAGGGGUCUAAAACAUCACCCAAAACAUCCUUUAAAAUCUCAGUAGCUUUCAAAAUGUUAUGAAAUAAAGGGGAAAAUUUCGCAACAGAAAAAUCCCCAUUUACCUGAGUACUGUAUAACUUCCUUCCCACAUUAUCCUAAAAGGAGCCCGAAAGAACAGUGACGAUUUGUAUGGGGAAAAUGUUGAAAAACCCAAAGGAUAAAUGUUUCAAGUUCCCCUUUCUAAAACUGAGUAUUUCCCAUAAGAAGGGUACCCUCAACUUGGAAAUAUAUGUCCUGUUGAGGAGGACUAAGCAUAGAAUAUUGCGUGCCCAUCCUCAAACCUCCAAUUUCCCACCGAGCAGUAAAAGGAAGAACAGAAAGGAAAAAGACCGCGAGAAUUUGAACUCAUGUUUUCUCUUUGGGCCAACUGAAGCCCGCCGGGUCAAAACAAAACUGCAGGGGGUGGUCAGGCCAUCGACCGGUCUUCAAAGAUGAUCUUCCGAAGGUCCCGGUCGUCCGUCCGAUGGCUCUCACUAUAGAACGCGAGAAUCUGUCCUCGGGGAACCAGCUAUCCCGGAGGCGACUUAAUUCCGGCAGCUGGAGCUGAGGGAGACGCUGUACUAGGAACCUGUCAGCAGAGAUCCUGUUCCGGGCGCCAGCUAUCGCGCCUCAAGAUCACUCUGAAAAGUGCUAACAAAUUAGGAGCUUAUUGAAAUUAGCUCAACAUGAAGAAGCAAAUACACUCAAUUCUGUUACUGGUUUAAUGUAGAUCAAGAUAACAUUCUCACCUCAUUCCUAAAGGCCCCUAAUGGAAUAGUGCAAUUCCAUGAUGACAUCCAUACAGAUAAAAGAUGAAGAGAAAGUUGGACCAUGGCUCUGAGGUCCGUUCUUUCUCUCUGGGAAAGAAACCCUGCAAAGUCUCAGAAUACACGAGUACCACAGGGCUGGUGCCAUGUUCCGCCACACCAACAACGUUUGGGGACCUGCGGGCAGCCAAUGGCCAGGGACAGCAGCGGCGCCGCAUUACAUCUGUGCAGCCACCAUCGGGCCUCCAGGAAUGGCUGAAAAUGUUUCAGAGCUGGAGUGGACCAGAGAAGUUACUUGCUUUAGAUGAACUCAUUGAUAGUUGUGAACCAACACAAGUAAAACACAUGAUGCAAGUGAUAGAGCCCCAGUUUCAAAGAGACUUCAUUUCCUUGCUCCCAAAAGAGCUGGCACUGUAUGUGCUUUCAUUCCUGGAGCCCAGGGACCUUCUGCAGGCAGCCCAGACAUGUCGUUACUGGAGAAUUCUGGCUGAAGAUAAUCUUCUCUGGAGAGAGAAAUGCAAAGAGGAGGGGAUUGAUGAACCGUUACAUAUCAAGAGGAGGAAAGUAAUAAAACCAGGCUUUAUACACAGUCCAUGGAAAAGCGCCUACAUCAGACAGCACAGGAUUGAUACCAACUGGCGGCGAGGAGAAUUGAAAUCACCCAAGGUGCUCAAGGGCCAUGAUGACCAUGUGAUUACGUGCCUACAGUUCUGUGGGAACCGGAUUGUGAGCGGCUCUGAUGACAACACGCUCAAAGUGUGGUCAGCAGUCACAGGCAAGUGUUUGAGAACACUGGUUGGGCACACAGGCGGAGUGUGGUCAUCACAGAUGAGGGACAAUAUCAUCAUCAGUGGCUCUACAGACAGAACGUUGAAAGUCUGGAAUGCUGAGACCGGGGAAUGCAUCCACACCUUGUAUGGACAUACCUCCACCGUGCGCUGCAUGCAUCUCCAUGAGAAAAGGGUGGUCAGUGGGUCUCGAGAUGCUACGCUGCGAGUCUGGGACAUAGAGACAGGCCAGUGUUUACACGUUCUGAUGGGCCACGUCGCUGCAGUUCGGUGCGUUCAGUAUGAUGGCAGAAGGGUUGUAAGUGGUGCAUAUGAUUUUAUGGUCAAAGUGUGGGAUCCAGAGACAGAGACCUGCCUGCACACACUGCAAGGGCAUACUAACAGAGUCUACUCAUUACAGUUUGAUGGUAUCCAUGUGGUGAGUGGAUCUCUUGAUACUUCCAUCCGAGUUUGGGAUGUGGAGACAGGCAACUGCAUUCACACUCUAACAGGCCACCAGUCACUCACAAGUGGAAUGGAACUCAAGGACAAUAUACUUGUCUCUGGGAAUGCAGAUUCUACAGUCAAAAUCUGGGACAUUAAAACAGGACAAUGUUUACAGACAUUGCAAGGUCCCAACAAGCACCAGAGUGCUGUGACCUGUUUACAGUUCAACAAGAACUUUGUAAUUACCAGCUCAGAUGAUGGGACUGUAAAACUUUGGGACUUGAAAACGGGUGAAUUUAUCCGAAAUCUAGUCACAUUGGAGAGCGGGGGAAGUGGAGGCGUCGUAUGGCGAAUCAGAGCUUCUAACACAAAACUGGUGUGUGCAGUUGGGAGCCGCAAUGGGACUGAGGAAACAAAGCUGCUGGUGUUGGACUUUGAUGUCGAUAUGAAGUGAAGGGCAUAAAGAUUAAUUUUUCCAAAUGUGUAGAUGAUGUUCUCCUUUCUCUCCCCCCAGAAAAAAAAAAAAGUAAAAAGAAAGAAAGUAAAAGGAAAAAAUCCCUUGUCCUUGGUGGUGCAGGAUGUUGCCUUGGGGCAACAGAUCCUAAAGACCUACAGACUACGAAGGAGAAGACAAAGAUUACAAACUAUUACUGACAAGAGAGGCUUUUGCUGUCUCAUCACAUAAAAAGGCUACGCUUUUGACCAGGGCAGUUUUGCAAAAAUCCAACUUUAGAAAUGAAACCCUUGAGCAAUUUGAAGUGAAAAAAAAUUGUUGCAUUUCUUGUUAACAAGCUAUUUUACCACAAACAUCUUUAAAUAAGCUGCACAGGCAAGCCUGUUCAUGUACCCCUGGGUCACCCUGGGUCCCAGCAGCCCCUCUGAGUAACAAACUGUCCCUUAGCCCUGCUCCAAGCGAGGGGUUGGAUGGGACUACCUCUAAGGUCCCUUCCAACCUCCACCAGCAGUCACUGGCUGACUUUCAAAAACUAGAGAGCAUCUGCAAUGAGAAAAACAAACAAAAACAAAUAAUCCAUUCCUGGUGUGGAAAAGCUAAAAUAUUACUGUGAAUUGUUUUGUACAGUUUUGUCAGAGCUUUUUCAUUUUUUUUUCUUUAUUCCUCUCUUUUUUUUUUUUUUUUUUUUGACAACCAUUGCCAAUUUCAGUCACGGUAUUAGCCUCUGUUUAGUCUUUUUACGUUGCUUCCAUCUACACUCAUCAAUGCAUAAGUUGCUCUGAGGUGGCAAGUUGUCCUGGGUUUUGAGAGUCCUCUGAUACAUUUAAUUAAUAAUGCUGGUGCUAGAAGUAGGUCUUCAAUUAUGGGAUUGUUGUCCCACCCCUGUACUGUAUUCCCAGUGGCCAAACUUAUUUAUGCUGCUAAAUGAAAGAAAGAAAAGCAAAUUAUUUUUUUUAUUUUUUUUUCUGCUGUGACGUUUUAGUCCCAGACUGAAUUCCAAAUUUGCUCUAGUUUGAUUACAGAAAAAGACUUUUUGCCACUGAAACUUGAGCCAACUGUGCCUCUAAGAGGCUGAGAGUGGAAGAGUUUCAGACAAUUAAGAGUGAAGUUUGCCUGCAAAUAAAGAAUUGAGUGUGUGUGCAAAGCUUAUUUUCUUUUUUCUGGGCAAAAAUUAAAACACAUUCCUUGGAACAAAGCUAUUGUAGCCUGUUCUGUGGGGAAAUUUUUCUUUGUGAGGACUGUGGUGAAUGGAAUGAACACACAUUUAAAAAACUGACAAAAUUUUUAAAAAAUAUUAUAAAAUGCAAAAAAAUAAAACAAAAUUUCUGGUCAGUCUUAGUGUUUUACAGAAUUUGAGAAAAAAACAACUGUUACAGUUAUUGCUGGGAGGAACUGACAGAGCAAAAACUUAUGUUUUUGUAAAGAUGUCACAUGCAAACAAAAUGAGAAAAGAAAGAGUCAAAUUAUUUGCCUCAUUCUCCAAGAGCCUCUCCACAACUCAAGCUGAACUGUGAAAGUGAUUUAACACUGUAUCCUAGGUGAUCUUUUUUCCUCCUUUUUUUGUUUUUGUUUUAUUUAUAGUCUGAUUUAAAACAAUCAGAUUCCAGUUGGUUAAUUUUAGCUAUGUAACAACCUGACUUGAUGGAGGAAAACAACCUUUAAAGGGAUUGUGUCUAUGGUUUGAUUCACUUAGAAAUUUUAUUUUCUUAUAACUUAAGUGCAAUAAAAUGUGUUUUUUCAUGUUA